CCCUCAACGCCGUAAGAAGCAUCAUUUCUCUUGCGGGCGCCGCUAUCGGGUUGUGGUAUACCGCUUUCCAAUGGGCGUGAAAGGGUUUGAUUCUAUCCAAGACAUGUCGAUCGGUUCUGUAUAGACAGGGAACCGAGGCGACGGAACGGCGACAGAUUCAUGUAAGAUAAAGAUAGUGCUCGAGGUGUACCGGCCAGGCAGAUGGUUGGCGACCAGUGCAACAGCAGGUGGCCAUCACAUUCUCGUUGGUUGCUGCAGUGUCAGGAAGUGGUAGAAAUGGCCCUUGGUCGACGCAAUGUACAAUAGCAGGUCCCUGCAAGCCUUGUUCGUAACCUUUACCCUUGUGCUCACCGCCAGAUCACUGUGUCCCAAAACCUUGGCUGCAACUGCAUCAUACAUGGCUGCUGGAACAAUUAGAAUUAGAUGGACACGCAGAGUCACCAAGGUAAGCCAGGGUAAAGACACUAUGCCAUGUAUUCGUAAGGAUGUGCGACGCGCCGCCGCGGAUCACUUUCCGGUUGCUAGCAGUGUUUCUGGAAGUCUGCAAGAUGGGGCGGGAGUAACGAAAAGAUUGGGUGGAUUAUCGAACCGGAUCUUUGGUGUUUUGCAAAUGCGCUCGCCGGGUUCCAGCCUGCCGGGGAAGCAAAUUGGCCACGGCGUAGGUGGACAUGGUGACGCUGACUUGGAGGUUAGUGAGUCUAGGAAAAGUAGCUUCCUAGAAGUCGUGUGGUGGAGGGCCGGGGAAAGACAUGAGAUGGAGCAGAAUUCGAGCAGCUCAACGGCGUGUGGCUGGACACUUCCUCUUCAGCGCCUGCCGGUUCCCUUUGGCCUUUAACUCUCUUGUUUUGCGUAGGAAGAUGUAGGUCAAGACCAGAUGGGACAACCUGUCGGCUUGGACGGGUUGCCUCUGGAAUAGAGGGUUGCGUGGCUAGGGCCGGCUGGCGGCUGAGCGGGCACCAGCCUCCGCAACAAGGCACAUCGCAGCUGGGCGUGUCCAGCAGACGGCUCACCUGGGCAGACUUUCAGGCUGCAUCCUAGGGGCCGAGGGAACUGGGCAUCCGCA